AAGGCCAGAGACUACAACCACAAAGACAUGUCUCUCCUGCUGGCCAGAGCUCCUCAGGUUCACUGUUUCACUAGAGGAAGGACGGUGAGGAAGAAAAGGGACCGGCUGAAGACAGAACGCAGAACCCAGUCUGUCACCAGAGAAGAAAUGCUGCCCAACAAGGUAAAGGCUGUCUGGGGGUAAAAUUAGGCGGUGUAUAUUGACAGGCAAAAAAAUGGAUGACAGUAGACGGCGGUAUGCUAACCCAAUGUUAAAUAUGAUGUUUACAUUAUUUGUGCCUCUUGAGUUAUUGGGUUGGGAUGAAGCUGAAGUCGAACCUUCAUGGACCUUUGUGUACAAUUGGACAAUAAAGUUGUCUUCUCCUUCACCUCUGCCUCCUGGCUGUUUCCUUCAUCAGGACAGUGGGUACAUGGAUGAGGCGUCUCACAGUAGUGAGCGUCUGGCCAGCAGGGCCGGCCUCAACAGAGCAGGGCUGCCUCACCAUCAUCACCACCGCCUUCACUACAGUAAAACAUCAGUCACCCCAACCAGCCCUUACCACAGAAGGAGAAGACACAAGCUUUUCAAAGAACAGGCCUUGGCAGAGGAUACUCCUAGAAGAAGAAUGAAUGGCCAUCCUGACCUCCACAGGAAGAGCAGACUGUGUACAUAUGAUGAAGCCCCUCCUCACAACGGCAAAACCUAUCAGCUAUACACCCUGUACCGCGACAAGGACGGCAAUGUCAAACAGGCCCCAGCCAAUGGCUGCCACUGUAAGCCCCUGAUCAAGAGGCUAGAGGGAGAGCUGAACGCCACUAAAGAGGAGAUGAGGACACAGAUGCUGACGGUUCAGGAGCAAGUCUAUACUAGGCUUGGGAGGAUGGACCGCAAGAGCAUACACCAGAUCAAAGUGCUGGACAUGCUGACCCAGGAGAGGGUGGCAGCAGAGAGGAUGGAGUGUCUCUACAGGAUGGACCAGAGAGCUGCCCAGAGCAGAGAGCAGGCACAGGGGAGACAGGUCAACCCUGUUAUGUGA